GUACCGAGCAAGUGAAGGGAGAGAAGCUCUGUGUCCCGAGGUCGAUAACAAAGUGUCAGUAGUCAGAGUCGACCCGUGGCGGAUCCAGAGCCCGAGCCCGUGCACUAUGAGCUAUCCGAGGAGCGCGACCUUAUUGGCCCUGGUGGCUUUCCUGGCCUCCGCCGAGGCAGCAACGCUUCUGGGAGCACCGCCGUGCCCAGAUCCAUGGGGCAUCCAUGCUUAUCCGCAUCCGGAGAGCUGCAACGCCUAUUUCCUCUGCACGAACGGCACCCUGACCCUCGAGUACUGCGAGAACGGACUGCUUUUUGACGGCCACGGAUCCGUGUACCAGCACUGCAACUAUAACUGGGCGGUAAAGUGUGGCGAUCGCAAGGCUGACCUUACUCCUCUGAGCAGUCCCGGCUGCGAGUACCAAUUCGGCAUGUACCCGGCCAGCGACGCGUGCAGCAACACGUACAUCAAGUGCGUCCACGGGAUUCCUAAGGAAACCCCGUGCGACGCUGGAUUAGUAUACGAGGAGAAGAGUCACACAUGCGUCUGGCCGGAUCAACUGUUGCCCUACUGCAACCCGGAGGAAAUCGUCGGCUUCAAAUGCCCCCACAAAGUGCCGUCGCACAGCGCCGCUGCCAAAUACUGGCCCUAUCCUAGAUUCCCAGUGCCCGGUGAUUGCGGAAGAUUGAUCACCUGCGUGGAUGGUCAUCCUCGUUUGCUCACCUGCGGCGACGGCAAACUCUUCGACUCCGUCAGCCUGUCCUGCUUGGAGCCCGAGGAACUGCCUCACUGUGCCAAUAAUCUUUAAAUAGAAAAGUGACAUCAGGAAGUCUCCAACAAGUCUCCGCAGCCGAUAAUCUAAAGCAACUCCUGGUAACAAGAUGGCGCGACCUAAUCCCGUCUUUGGCAUAGACAGAAAUCGCUGAAACCUGGAACAUCAGCACAGUUCUCCCUUCGACCGGCUCGAUCCAAAAAAAGGUUCCAAAUUUUGAGGCACUGCACACCGAGAGGGGACGCGAAAUUCUUCGAAGAGGCGAAAUGAUCUGUACGACGAGCAUGUUCCGAAUAAAAUGUGGACACCAGUACGAAAAAAAAACAUA